GAACACCUUCUCUAAGCCUGAAAGGAGCCCUGGUUCUUGCGGACACUGUUCCACUGUCAUAGUCUUUGCCAAAGACAUCUCGUAGUUGGCUCCAACCCGAGAAGCGCUCACUUUCACCAUGCCAACCACGUCCAAAACAUACAGUCUUCUUCUCCUCGGUGACGUAAUGAUUGGCCGUCUCAUCGAUGCCCUGCUGCCCACCAGUAUAGCCCGCCAGUCGCCGCAGUCCGACCCUGAGUCAGCCGCAUGGACAGUUGACAAACACAUUCUGCCACGUUACCCCCAACUCAAAUCAUACAACUACCUCUCACCGUGGGGCAACAGUGUUGACUUGAUUCGCAAGUCAGAUCUUGUGCUUGCAAAUCUCGAAACAGCUGUGACGACAAGCGAGAAGAAGUGGCCGAGCAAGGUGUUCAACUACCGUUCCCACCCGGGGAACAUCCAGUGUUUGACAGAGGUCGGUAUAGGUGGUGGGGCGAGACGGGGCUAUGUGAGCUUGGCGAACAACCAUACGCUCGAUUGGGACAUUGAGGGUCUGCAAGAAACAGUCAAAGUGUUGGCUGAGAAUGGUGUAGAGUUUGCAGGGGCUGGCAGAACAAAGGAGGAGGCGCACAAACCCGCCACACUGUGGGUUGGAGGUGCAGAUGGGUGGGAUAUCAAGUGCUGGAGUUUCGCAGAUCACCCGAAUGAGUGGGCGGGAGUGGACGCCUUCAACUACAUCGAGUACACGGGGAAGGGGAGGGACACGGUCAAACAACAGCUCCUGGCGAAAGAUCACAGCGAGGGACAGAGAAAGUUGGGUUUGAAAGUUGUGUCGAUGCACUGGGGUCCAAACUAUCGCUGGCGUCCCGCAAAGGAAAUUGUCGACCUCGCGCAUUGGAUGAUUGACGAGUGCGGGGUGGACAUAAUCCAUGGGCAUAGCAGCCACCACGUUCAGGGCGUGGAGAUAUACAACGGGAAGCUGGUGAUCUAUGGGUGUGGAGACUUUGUGGAUGAUUAUGCGGUCGACGGCAAUUACAGAAACGAUUUGAGUGCGGCGUGGAAAGUUUCCGUUGGUGAGAAGACGGUAAAGAAGGCGGGAGAAAGCGAGCUCGAGGUGAGGAGGCUGGAGGUCUUUCCCAACAGGAUCCAGCGGUUCCAGGCACACCUAUUGAAAGGAGACGACCCAGAUCAUGAAUGGGUGGAGCGUACCUUCAGGAGAUUGUGUCACCGGUUCGGAACUGAGGUUGAGAAAAACUUGGGAGAUGAAGCGCAGAUCGUUGUCGAAGUCAAGACCUAACCGUUCAAUUCUGUUGAGGCAGAGCGCAUGGAUGGUCAUCUGUCGUUAGCAUGGUGAUCAACAACGUCUUUCAUUGACCCGCUGGAUUAAUUGGGGCCUUGUCCGAACAAGCCACCCGCGCAGCGAUCGGCAAGUUCAUAUGAUGACAGGCUAUGUACGGAGUGCUCGGUAAUGUAUGAGUCUCGUGAUUGGACUGUCUUGCUUCACAUCUUAAUU